GGUGUGUUGUUGUUUUUCUUCUUCCACAGAUUGGGACAGAGGGAUGUGGAAAAGACAGUUGCACAACCUUGGCCUGUUACUUAACAGAACACAAACUGUAUCGAGUGCCUGAGUCUCCCAGCUCUGGGUACACAGAGUUCAGAGAAGUCGUUAAAAAGGCUUUUAUUCAAGCAGGUCUAGAAGGGAACCCCACUGUGGUGGUGGUGCCUAACUUACACCUAGAUCAACCAUUCAUUUUGGAAGAUUUGAAUUGCCUUGUCAACUCAAGGAAAAUGCCUGACUUGUUUGAAAAUGAGGAGUUGGACAACAUCAUAAUCAGAAUCAGAACAUUGGUUAAAGAUCCUGGCUAUGUGGAUGAUAGACAGUCUUUACUUGCGUUAUUCCAAAAGAAAGUAUAUGUGAACCUGCAUGUUUUUGUGGUCAUGAGCCCUUCAGGACCCAGUUUCCGCCAGUACUGUAGAGCGUAUCCGUCUGUGGUUAGCUCCUGCACAAUUGAUUGGUACGAAAAGUGGCCAAAAGAAGCUCUCCUUAUUGUAGCCAACUCUUUCUUAAGAGACAAAGUGAAUUUAGAGAAUGAAGAGGACUUGAGAGAGAGUCUUGCCCUGACGUGCGUCCAAAUCCACAUGAGUAUGGAAGACUUGAGCACAAGAUACUUUGAAGACACAGGAAGGCAUUAUUUUAUCACUCGAAGUAGCUUCUUGAAACUCCUGGGGACAUUUGCACACAUUGUGCGGUCACGAGAGGACACGAUGCAAACCAAAAGGAGUCGUUUCUUUAUGGGUCUGUCCAAGAUCCUGGAAGCAAGCACAGUGGUUAUAGACAUGCAGAAUAAACUGGCAAUCCUUGGCCCUCAGAUAGAACAGAAAACGAAGGAAAGAGAAAUCCUAAAGGAAAAAAUAAGGAAAGAUUCACAAAUCGUUGAGAAAGUUCAGAUACUUGUCAAACGGGAUGAAGAAAUUAUGGCGGAAGAAGUAAGAAUUGUGGAAGAGUAUGCUCAGAAAACUGCCAAUGAACUAAGAAGUGUGAUGCCAGCUCUAGGCAAGGCAAUUGGGGCUCUGAACGCCCUGGAUAAAGCUGAUGUCACUGAAUUAAGAGCGUAUGCACGGCCUCCCUUGCUUAUACUGACUGUCAUGAAGGCGGUGUGUAUUCUUCUGCAAAGAAAACCUAACUGGAAGACAGCUAAGUUACUGCUUGCAGAAACUGGUUUCUUAAGAAAAUUGAUUAACCUUGACAAGGACAGCAUACCUGAUCAGGUUUUCAUGAAGCUGAAAAAAAUUGUAACCUUACCUGAUUUCAAACCCAACAAGAUUGCUCUGGUUUCCAUUGCCUGUUGCUCGAUGUGCCAGUUUAUUAUAGCUUUGAAUAACUACCACGAGGUCCAGAAGCUGGUGGGGCCCAAGCAAAUCCAAAUAGCUGAAGCUCAAAAUAUUCUUAAAAUCUCACGGAAAAGGUUGGCUGAAAAGCAAAGAGGCUUACAGCUGAUUGAAGAUCAUUUACUGUUGCUACAGGCAACCUAUAAAAAUAUUAUAGCUGAAAAACAGCAAUUAAUUAGUUCAAGAAGACUGGCCAUCAGAUGCUUUCAGUGUGCUUCUGUCUUACCAACUGUCCUGGAAGAUGAAAAAACUCGAUGGCAAGAAAUAAUCAGUCACCUGGACAGCAGAUUGCAGGGCCUCUGGGGCGACAGCCUCCUCUCCGCAGCGUGCGUUGUCUACAGCGGAGCCUUGACGCCAGCCUUUCGCCAGUUGGUUGUGAACAAAUGGCAGGAUUUCUGCAUUCAAAACAGCAUUUCUAUGUCUUCCAACUUUUCUUUAGUUGACGUCAUGGCCCAGAAGUCUGAGAUCUACCGGUGGCAUAACCAAGGGCUGCCUGUUGGCUGGUACUCGACAGAGAAUGCCAUCCUGAUCAAGAACAGCCAGCAGUGGCCCCUGCUCAUCGACCCGCACAAGCAGGCAUACAACUGGAUCCGCCAGAUGGAAGGCUCCAAGCUGCAGGAGCUCUCCGUGGAGGACAGCGGUUACACCAAAAAGAUGGAGCACGCUAUGAAGAUGGGAGACAGCGUCCUCCUGCAGAAUCUCCCCGAAACAUUAGCUCCAGACCUGAAGGUGAUUCUGAAGAAGCGGAUCUAUCAGAAAAGGGGGCAGUCUUUCAUGAAGAUUGGCAGUUCAGAGGUUGAAAUCAAUGCCAACUUUAGGUUAUACUUAUCUACAGCAAUAGAUAAUCCCCACAUCCUUGCAUCUAUUUAUAACUUUGUUACUGUGAUCAACUUCGCGGUCACAUUCCAAGGUCUGGAAGAUCAACUCCUGUCGACAGUGGUAACACAUCAAGUCCCUCAUUUAGAAAGUCAACGCCACCAGUUGUUGCAAAGUAUUUCCCUUGACACAGUAACCCUUGAGGAGCUGGAUGAAAAAACAUUGGACUUGCUAGAGAAUGCACCAGGAUGUGUAAUAGAGGAUGAAAAGGUUGUCGUCUCCUUAAGAAAAUGCAGAAUGAUGUUAGAUGAAACAUUGAAGCACAUCAAAUCAGCAGAAAAAGCCGAAGCGGAGGCCCAAGCCCUGCGUGAUGACUACCUCCCCGUUGCCACCCGCGGCGCCCUGCUCUACUUCCUGGUGGCUGAUCUGGCUCAAGUCAGCACCUUGUACCAGUUCCCCCUGGACUGGUUCCAGCAGGCUUUUGCUUCCGCCAUCACUACCCAAAGCGAAGACCAAGAGCAUGGCACAAGAAAGGAAAAUAUUUCUCUGAAAGAAGUUUGUGAGAUUAUAAACAUUCCAAAAGAACCUAACAUGGGAAGUGAGAAAAAUCUCCUAAGCUCGUAUAUUAAAAAUGCAGUAGAUGCAUUGACAAAAAGCAUUUUUCAGUUGGUUUCCUCAGCUCUGUUGGAUCAACAUAAGCUUUGCUUUUCCUUUCGGCUUUGCACUGCUAUCAUGCAACAUAACGCUCAUGCAAGCGUAACGCAUGACAAUGUCGGAGUUCUACCAGGAAAAGAAUGGGACAUCUUCUUAAAUUCUGGCAAAUUCACAAAUAUUCCAAGUGCCCAGCCUAAACUUAAUAGUAAGGAAGGGUUGGGGGAAUCCCAGAACCUUCGGUGGCUGUCGGCUUCACGGUGGCAGCAGUGCGUGCAUGUCAGCAGUCAGCUGAAACCGUUUGCACUUCUCUGCGAAUCCCUGUUAGCCAACGCACCACAGUGGGAUGCCUUCAAGAGCAGUGCGGACGUGUAUGGUCUGAUCAGCACACGCUUCUCAGAAAAUGCAGGAACGUCGGAAGAAACUACAGAAUCCUCCGAGGACACUGAACUUCUGAAGGAAAAUGAAGGCAUGCAUGAUCCUACGCAUUUUCCCUGGGAGAAACUCACUUCAUUUCAAAGACUUAUUUUGAUUAAAAUCCUGAGACCGGAACAGUUAAGGAAUUCGGUGAGAAAGUUUAUAACUGAAAAAAUGGGAAAUGACUAUCUUCCCAAAACUGGGAUGAAUUUGAAAGAAUCGUAUGAGAAAUCAAGUGCCAGGACUCCAUUAAUAGUCAUUCAUUCUCAAGGCAUGGACCUCACCGACAGCCUCCUCAGAUUUGCACAGGAGUUAAAAGGAACCACAAGCCACGUGACUGUGAUUUCCUUGGGCCGCGGCCAAGCAUCUAAAACCGAAGACCUCAUCAUGGAGGCCCUCACGAAAAGGGAGCAGUGGGUCAUCCUCCAAAACUGUCACUUAGCGGCCAAGUUCAUGCCCAGGCUUCGUGCCAUUGUAGAGUCACUUAAUGUUCCAGAUAUGAAAAUAGAUCCUGAGUUUAGACUGUGGCUAAUCUCCAAAUCAGACAGUUGUAUCCCAAUUCCUAUUCUUCAAAUGGGUGUGAAGAUUACCGUGGAUCCUCCUCAGGGACUGCAAAGUAAUUUGCUUCAGACAUUUGGCUACAGUGGGAAUGGAGAAAUAACGGAAGAAAUGUUCGAAAAACCUACCUGUGGACUGCAGUGGAAAAAGCUGUUAUUUACCAUGUGUUUUAUCAAUGCGGUGAUCAAUGAACGGAGGAAUUAUGGGACAUCCGGCUGGAACAUUGCGUACCUGUUUAGUCCCUCGGACUUGGAGGUUGCCACAAAAGUGCUGGAAGACAUCCUGAGCCCAUGGUCUGCGGUUCCCUGGCCAGCCCUACACUACCUGCUGGGGGAAGUGGUGUACGGUGGCCAGGUGACAGAUCCCUGGGACAAGCGGUGCCUCACGACCCUUCUUGACAGAUUUUGUACACCAGAAGUACUGAAAGAGGACUUCAGCUUCUCUUGUGAUGAGACGUGUCAGCACGUGCCACAGUCAGCCAGCCUGGGGGACUGCAUCCGCGUCAUCCAGUCCUUACCCGUCGAGGACCCUCCCGAGGUCUUAGGGGUGCACCCUGAGGCCUCAAGGAGCUACAGGGAGACCCAGGGCCAGCAGCUGCUGGAGACCCUCAUCACCAUGCAACCGACAGUACCCACUGCCUGCCUGGAGGCCAGUGUGAAGCAGAGUAAUGACAGGCUGGUGACAGACAUGGUGCGGGACCUGCUGAGGCGGCUGCCGCUGACCGUGGAGAAGGAAGAGCGUGCCAGCCCCCAGAGCACACUGAAGGGCAUCAUGGCAAGCCCCAUCUGGGAGAGCCUUUGUGCCAACCGCAGCGGCCGUGAUACCCCUGUGCGUUAUGCUUUGCUGACCUGCCUGAGGCAAGAAAUCGAACGAUUUGAUAAGCUGUUGUUUGUCAUACAUACAUCUUUAGAAGAUCUUCAGCUUGCUAUAAAAGGCAAGAUCAUCAUCACCCAAGAACUGGAGGAAAUCUAUGACUCUCUUCUGAAUGUGCGGGUUCCCCCAUUGUGGCAGAAACACGCCUACGAUUCGCGUAAAGCCCUGAGUUCCUGGAUCUCUGAUCUCAUCCGGCGACUGAAGUUCUUCGGUACCUGGGCCACCAAGGCUUUCGCUGCGAUACACAGUCGGUCCAUGAGCUCUGUCUCGUCUCGGUCGCUGUCUGUCCCGUUAUCUAGCCAGACCUCCAGACCCAGAGCUGACCCGGGAAGCAGCUCCUGUGAAGGGUUUCCGGCCCGAUACUGGCUGCCCGCUUUCUUCUUUCCGCAAGCCUUUCUGACUGCGGUGCUCCGAGACUACGGGAGGGCUCAGGGCAUCUCAGCCGACGCCCUGACCUUUACCCACCACGUGAUUCCCAAUGACGACACCACCAGUGACCAGGAGCUCUCCCCAGUCGUCCAGAGGGAGCUGGACAAAGUCAAGAGAGCCUUUAAGGGCCCAAGCCCACCUGGCAAUGGGGUCCAUGUAUUCGGCUUAUUCCUCGAGGGAGCAAGGUGGAACCCUGAAGAAAAAACGCUGGAAGACUCGCUGCCUCUCGAGAUGUGCUGUGAUUUCCCAGACAUAUACUUUUUGCCGACCAAGAUUUCUACAGAAACAGCAGAUUCUUCAGGGCAAAUGGAUGCAGAGCGGUGUACUUUUGAAUGCCCAGUUUACCAGACACUUAAGAGGUCCAAAGUUUUGACUACUGGUUCCCCAACUAACUUUGUAACUUCAGUGUAUUUGCCAACAAAGAAACCUUCCAAUCACUGGAUCACAAUGCAGGUUGCCUUACUGUGUGAGAAUGAAUGA